CUCGUAACUUCGCAUUGAGCGGCGGGUGACACAGUAUGUGACUCCCUAUGAAUAAUUGACGGAGGGAACGCGCAAGCGCGGUAACCACCUUCCAGACGGCUCCGAACAUUCUAUGCUAUUCCAAUUAACGCGAGUAAUCUGUUUUAAUUUGUCGUAACCUUGCUGUUAUUUAUUUACUAUAAUAUAAGUUUUUUUGUCGCAAUAAAUACAUUAAACUAUGAUUGUGUUAUAAAUUAUCGGUGAGGUAUAAGAUAUAUAGAGUGAAGUGCUUAAUAUGCAAGCCGGUGGGCCGGAUAGUGCUGCGGUCUCGGAAGCCCCCAGCAGCGGCAGUGAGGAGUCCGAUUGCGAACCGGGCCCUGAAGGCGAUGCAGACGCCGCACUCACAGAGGAGUGGGCGAGAGAACUCUUACUGGGCGCGGGCGUGGUCACCCCACAAGAGAUACGAGUAGAGUCUAGAGCGGGUGUUGCUGGAGCGCUCAGUAGAGUGCUGGCCGUGACCGUACGUUAUGAAAGCAACGGUGACCGUAGAGCGAUGCCUCUUGUAGUCAAAUUGCCUCCAAGAGACCCUUUCGGGCGAUUAUUCGUAGCAGAAGCUCAAUUCGAUACCAGGGAGAUCUUGUUCUACACGGAACUAGCACCAGCGCUCAAUAGAUUAGCAGAGGAAGCCUUAGGACCAGGCGAAGGGCUUCCUGUGCCAAGAUGUAUUAAAGCUAGGUUACCAGAUGAAAUUGGUGGAGACAGCGAGCUAGUUUUAGAAGAUGUCACGGCUGAGGGUUUUGAAUCAGCGGAUUUUGCGGAAGGGCUAACUGUAGAAAAAGCUAGAGCAGCACUGCAUGCAGCGGCACGACUCCAUGCCCUCUCUCUCGCUUUGCGUGAUAGAGAAGGUCCUUUGGAUCAAAGAUUUGAUUUUUUAUUUCCAUGUGAGCGAGCCGCAGCUGGAUAUCUCCGAUUAGUAAGACGAGGAUUACCCCAACUUGAAGCAUUCCUCAGAGGUCGUACAGACUGCACUGAAGAAGCCGCUGCCGUGUCAGCCCUCAGUGCGCGGGCACCUUCUCUUCUUGAGACACUGCUUCGACCAGCUGAACCUGCAUCUCUCGCUCACGCAGAUUUCUGGAGCGGCAAUCUCCUAUUCAGAGAAAGAGAAGGAGUAAGCGAAUGUAUUGCGCUCGACUGGCAGAUGGUUUCAUUAGGAAGACCGAUGGAUGACGUGGCAUUAUUGCUUCUCUCUUCUCUCACACCGGAAAUGAGGAGGGCAGCUGGCGAAUCCUUAAUAGAAGAUUAUGGUAAUCGCCUAGAAGCUGAAUGUGCAAGAUUAGGAACGGCUUCAUCAGGUACCAUAGUCAGACGCAGCUUAAAACCGGACUGGCCCAGAGCUGCCUUACGUGCACUGUUACUGUGUGCGGGCAGCGUAGACGUAGCUCUCGGGGAACCUAGAGCGGAGAGAAGACUGCUAGAAGCAGUUCGCGAUCUGCACGCCCAAGGUAUUCUUGCCCUUAAAGCUGACUCUGAUGCGUGAAGAUUUGUAAAACGACAACGAGUGCCAAGGAAAUAUUAUGUAUUCGAACUAACGAUCACAGAUUAAGUCCAGUUUCAUAGCGUCUAGAUCUUUAUUUCGGUAUAAGCACAAAAUAAUGUUUACGUAUUUGUGUAUUAUUAUUAAUUUUUGUGUAGUAACAUCGAUUGUUUAAAUGGAGACGUUUCUAAGCCCUAUGGCGUGAAACGAUGCCUAAAGAAAGACUGAAUUUACUUAAUUAAAUCACGUCUAUAACAUACUAAAGUGUGGUAAUUAUUGUGACUAUUGCUCAUCGUAUCAAAUCAAAACGACAUUGAUUUCGGUCUAUUGACUAUUAUUUAAAUGAAAAAUAAAUUAUUAU